AUUCCGGUUCCGGUCUGAGCCUGGAGGAAGAAAGCAAGGGGUGGGGGAGAGUCUGGCAGGGGUCUCCCCCCACUUUGUCGCGGCUCCGAAGCGGCGGCCAUGGAGUUCCCUGGGGAAAAUGAGAAUUACCUGGCUAUCACGGGGACGACCCAUUCUUUCCUGUCAGGGGCUGAGACUUUCCACACACCAAGUCUGGGAGAUGAAGAGUUCGAGAUUCCACCCAUUGCCCUGGACGCUGACCCCUCCUUGGCUGUUUCUGAUGUGGUUGGGCACUUUGAGGACCUGGGUGACCCCGUGACUGCUCCCGAUGCCACAUUCUCGGCCCAAUAUGGGGUUCAGGCCCUUGACAUACCUGUGGGCAUUAGCCAUGGUCUUAUGGAGCAAGGGGGCGGGCUGCUGAGUGGUGGGCUAGCCAUGGAUUUGGAUCACUCCAUGGGAACCCAGUAUGGCGCCAAUCCACCUGUCACCAUUGACGUGCCUAUGACAGACAUCAGCAGUGGCAUCAUGGGGCAUGGGCAGCUGACCACCAUCGACCAAUCGGAGCUGAGCUCUCAGCUGGGGCUCAGCCUGGGAGGAAGUUCUAUCCUGCCUCCUGUGGCCCAGUCCCCCGAGGAGCGGCUUACACCCACCCCCUCACCCUCCAAUUCACUGCAGGAGGAAGAGCCAGAAGAAAUCAGGCGGCAAGUUUCUGUCACCAAACCGGGCCCACCUGCUUCGGUGGCACCCCCACUGGUGGUAGCACCCACUGCUGUGCUGGACGUCGGGAAGAAGCAGAAAGCACCCAAGAAGCAGAAGAAAAAGAAGGACCCCAAUGAGCCUCAGAAGCCUGUCUCUGCCUAUGCCCUCUUCUUUCGGGACACCCAGGCGGCCAUUAAAGGGCAGAACCCCAAAGCCACCUUCGGCGAGGUGUCUAAGAUUGUUGCCUCGAUGUGGGACAGCUUGGGAGAGGAACAGAAGCAAGUACGUCGCAAAGGGUUUGUUGUGCCGAGUGGUUAUAGGGGUGGGACGCAUACCCAUAGCCAAACUUCAGCACCAAGGACAGCACCCCAGAGAGUCUGUCCAGAGCCCUCAAAAAAAUGGUCAAUUCCGCAUUCAAACAUGUUGCACAAAAAUUGA